AUGGAAGGAUCAUCUGACACUACUUCUUUUGUUGAUCAAUCAACCUCUGUUCUCUUGUUGAACGUGAAGUCGGGUCAAAAUUUGAUUCUCGAUCUCACUGCCUCACGCUACAAUGAAGCCUUAAAACCUAUGAUUGAAUGUAUGCGUUUCUCGCCACUGGCUCAAGCUUUGACCAUGGUAGAAUCUAUUCCUCUCCUCCAUCUUUCGAAGGCGUAUACCUUUGUAUCUUAUCUUUUAGCAAAUGGUGUGAUUAACUUUGAAUUUGAUUCUCGAAAGACCUCUAUCUCUAAGUCUCAAUUCAGCAGAAUUCUAGGGUUUGAUUCGACUGAAGGGCUUGUUGAUCCUGACUUGAUUUCUUCCACAGAUCUCAUUCACAUGUUCUAUCAUAUGGGUUACCUUGAGGAUAUCACAUUGUUAUCUAAGUUUAGGAAGCCAAAUCUUCCUACUAUGUGGAAUGGUUAA